GGCUUUCUCUGUUGCUACAGCCGUGAUGUCACUCGCCCAUCCUAACCCGCGGUUGGUUGUUUUGUGUUUCAGCUCUGCCUGCAGUUGAGCACAAAGAGCUGGAGGAGACUCCCACAUCCUUCGGGGAGAAGAAAGGAGGCAGCGAAGCGGAUUAAAGGAACUUGUGGCUUGUGGCCUUUUUGCACCGGGGCUGCCUGGAAGGGGGAAAGUGAAUUAAAGCCACAGUGGCGGUUAAUGAGCUGUGAGAUGAGGCGCUGCCGCUGCUGACGCUCAGAUUCCAGGAUCCGUCUGCCGCCCUUUGUGCUUCAUGUACAUGUGUCUAUUCAGCGCAUCCGGAGGCGCCCAGAAGAGAAUCCAACACGGCUGCCGGGGAGAGACCACCCACCAUGCCCACGGAGACCCUACAGACAGGUAGCAUGGUGAAACCGGUCAGCCCCGCCGGCACCUUCACCUCGGCGGUCCCCCUGCGCAUCCUCAACAAAGGGCCCGACUACUUUCGCAGGCAGGCCGAGCCCAACCCCAAAAGACUCAGCGCCGUGGAGAGGCUGGAAGCGGAUAAGGCCAAGUAUGUCAAGAGUCAGGAGGUCAUCAACGCCAAGCAGGAGCCCGUGAAGCCGGCCGUGCUGGCCAAGCCCCCGGUGUGCCCCGCCGCCAAGCGCGCCCUGGGCAGCCCCACGCUCAAAGUGUUCGGCAACAGCGCCAGGACCGAGAGCGGCGUGCAGAGGGAGAACCUGAAGCUCGAGAUCCUGAAGAACAUCAUCAACAGCUCGGAAGGCUCUAGCUCCGGCUCGGGUCACAAGCACAGCUCCCGAAACUGGCCGCCCCACAGGCCCGACGCCACCGACCUGCACCGGCACUCCUUCGCCGAGUCCCUGAAGGUCUACCCCACGCAGGGCCGCGGCAGCCCGCAGGAGAGCGGCUCCCACGUGGGCAGGAGGCUGCUGGAGCAGUCGGCCGAGUCCUUCCUCCACGUCUCCCACAGCUCCUCGGACAUCCGCAAAGUGACCAGUGUUAAGCCCUUGAAAGCGAUCCCCUGCAGUAGCUCCGCCCCUCCCCUGCCUCCCAAACCCAAGGUCGCCGCCAUCGCCACCAUGAAGUCUCCCGAAGCCGACCCUGUGGAACCAGCUUGUGGAGUCAGCCGCAGACCCUCCCUCCAGCGGUCUAAGUCAGACUUGAGUGACAGAUAUUUCCGGGUGGACGCAGACGUGGAGAGGUUCUUCAACUACUGCGGACUGGACCCCGAAGAGCUGGAAAACCUCGGAAUGGAAAACUUUGCAAGGGCUAAUUCUGACAUCAUAUCCCUCAACUUCCGCAGCGCAAGCAUGAUCAGCUCAGACUGUGAACAGUCUCAGGACAGUAACAGUGACCUUAGAAAUGAUGACAGUGCCAAUGACCGGGUGCCAUAUGGCAUUUCUGCCAUCGAAAGAAAUGCUAGGAUCAUCAAGUGGUUAUAUAGCAUCAAACAAGCUAGAGAGUCACAGAAGGUCUCCCACGUGUAAGAGAAAGUGCGUGUGGAGGAGGGAGGGGUGGGUCUCUGUCUGUGCAUCCGCAGUUGUGAAGGUUGUGAGGUCUCCUUGAAGUGUUGUGAGCUUCUCCACUCUCUUUGUGUUGCUUGUUGUGCAAUGUUUUCAAGUUGCAUGCCUGUCAACAUGGGGACUGACCUGGCUUCCGCGUCAACCAUCGCUGCCGAGCCUGGCUGAACACAGUCAUCUGCCAAAAGUUUCAGGCGAGAAUCUAAUUAGGGCUUCAAUCUUAAGCAAAACUGUUUACACGAAAACAGUAUACAACUUCUUCAAUAUUUAUGUGGUUCUUGUGUUUUUAUAUCCUGCGCUAUUGUGUCUUAAUUAAAAGUUUUAUCAACUGGCUUUUAAGUUGAGAGUAGAAUCUUUUUGAAAUAAAAAGCCAAUUUGCCUACAUGUGAGACUGAAACAAUGGGAAAAUAAAUGGGAUCUGCUACCAAACAGAUGUAGUGACUGACCUAGGAUAGAAGAACCAGGCUGGGUUUUUGAGGAAGAAAGUGGUGAGCCUGAUGUUAAUCAGUGACAUAUUGAAAUUCUCUUGCCGCUUACUAAAGUCAUGGUUGGGGCAACAGUGCUCCGUGUUGUGUCCUACUUGGUGUGUAAAUGUUGGUGGUUCUGUGUAAUACCGACCCUAAGGAAAGACAAUCAGAUACAAUGAAGGUGAUUACAUCUAGGAGGUUGGGUGUUUGGGGGUUUUAUUGAUGAUGUUCUGAUUUGAGUUGAUUCAUAAAUUUCUACUAUUAAUCUUUUAACAGGAAUGGCCACCCUAAAGUUCGAAUGUCUUAAAAAAAAAGUUUUUUUGAUGAAAAACUAAUUCACUGCUGAUUCUCUUCCCUCCCUUUGUUGUUGUUGUUUUAUUUUGGAGAGGGGAGUGGGGUUUGGGAAGGUUUGAGCUAUCCGAAGACGUGAACACAAACAGAAAUACCAGCCAUAUCCGGAGAGAGCCUCCUAUUCAAAAGUGAAUGCCUUUGGUAACUGAACCCUAUCUGAGCAGCCUGAUUGUGUUGUGUUGCAUAUAUUAUUCUCUCAGGCUGUGGACCUUUGUUACAGCUCUAGGAAACUGUAGAAACCCCAACACUAUGUAGCUUGUCCACCCUGUGGUCUCUAGUGCUGCACAUCAGCUUGUUCCCCUUUUCCCCAGUAGCCUGUCUCCCAGGUAGUUCAGUUAGCUGUCAACCCGCUGGCGGUUGUGGUGUGGUAGCAGAGAGGUGACCUGUGGUGGUCUGCUUCAUUGCUCUUGUAGCCGUGCUCUGGAGUUCUCAGGAGCACUACCUUAGACUUCGUCAGCUGAUAGGGAACUUUUUAUGGUGUAAAUGCUGUAAGACUUUGUACAUACUUCAGUUGUCAUGAAAUCUUUAAGAAAAAAAGAAAAAGUUACACUAAUAAAUAGCUCUGGUGCAGGCA